UGUGCGCGAGUUCAAAUCGCAAUUCGCUGAAUAUUAUAUUAAAUACGCGCAGUGUGCAAAAGACUUAAAGGACAUUCAUGCAAAGCGAACAGAGAGUGAGCAAUUAAAAUCAGAAGCUGCUUUACUGUGAGAGUGUAAUAUUAUUAUUAAUUGGAAACAAAUAACAGCAAAAUGUUGGUGGAAAAAGUGCUGCAGCACGCGACCAAAUCGGAGCUGUGCAGCGUGCUGGCGCUGCUGCUGCUCUCGCUGAGCAUCUAUAGAUGCCACACAUAUAUAGGAGCAUAUCUGAAAUCGGUGCUGCUCUCGCUGCGUCUAUCUGGGCCGCCUUCAUUGCCAUUUAUAGGCAAUUGCCUGCUUAUCAAUGAAAGAGACUUGCUGCGAAAUCGUGCCGCUAAAGCAUUUGACCUAUAUGGCUCCUUAGUGCGCAUUUGGAUUUUACUCUUUCCAUUUUUUGUGGUGCUUCAGCCAGAGGACCUGCAGGUCAUACUCUCCUCCAAGAAGCACACCAACAAGGUUUUCUUCUAUCGUCUCAUGCACAACUUUCUGGGCGACGGGCUCAUUACCAGCAGUGGCCUCAAGUGGAGCACACAUCGCAAGCUCAUACAGCCGGCCUUCCAUCUAAGCUUGCUGGAGAAGUUUAUUGACACGUUUGUGGAUGCUUCGCAGUCGUUGAAUGAUAACCUAGAUGCAUCUGCCUUGGAUGCGGGCAUAAACAUUGCUAAAUAUGUUAACAAUUGUGUCAUAGACAUACUUAACGAGGCUGUGCUGGGCGUGCCCAUCAAGAAGAAAGGUUUGGGAUUCAUGGAGGACUCGCCUUUUCGCAAGGGCAAGCUUGUGAUGCCCGCACGCUUUACCCAUCCGUGGCUGCUGUUUGACGGCAUCUAUCACCUGACUUCAAUGGCCAGUGAUGAGCUGCAUCAGAAGAAGCUGCUCAAUGACUUUACACGCCAAAUGAUCAAGCGUCGCCGUGAGCUUCUUGCCAGCUCCGAGGUGGAGCGCAAGUGCCUGUUAGACUACAUGAUUGAAAUCUCCGAAAGCAAUCCGGGAUUCAGCGAGGAGGAUAUUGUUAACGAGGCCUGCACCUUUAUGCUGGCUGGUCAGGAUUCCGUGGGCGCCGCUGUAGCUUUUACGAUUUUUCUGCUGGCGCAAAAUGCGGACUGUCAACAGCAGUGCUAUGAGGAGCUCGAGCGCAUCUUCGAGAACAGCAAUCGGGCGCCCACCAUGAGUGAUCUGCGUGAAAUGCGUUACAUGGAAAUGUGCAUCAAGGAAGCGCUGCGUCUGUAUCCCAGCGUGCCGCUAAUUGCACGCAAAUUGGGCGAGGAGGUGCGUCUGGGCGCCUACACUUUGCCCGUCGGCAGUAACAUCUUCAUUUGUCCCUACGCUACGCAUCGCCUUGCGCACAUCUAUCCUGAGCCCGAGAAGUUCAAGCCGGAGCGAUUCUCCAGCGAGCAGGCGGAGAAAAGGCAUCCGUAUGCCUUCAUUCCAUUCAGCGCUGGACCGCGCUACUGCAUUGGCAAUCGGUUCGCCAUACUGGAGAUCAAAACCAUCAUUUCGCGGCUGCUGCGCAGCUACCAGUUGCGACCAGUGCCUGGCAAGACCACAUUCGAGACCACAUAUCGCAUUACUCUGCGUGCCUCCGGCGGCCUGUGGGUGCGAUUUACGCCACGAGAGCAACAGCAACAGGAGGCGGCCGCCUAGCGUCCAUAUUAAGCACAUUAGAGUAG